AUGAAUGAAACUAGAGAGAACCAUAAAAUCCAGCAGGCUGCAAUAAGGAAUUUAGAAAUCCAAUUGGGACAAUUUGCAAACAUGAUGGCAUCUCGACCUCAAGAUGAACCACCAAGGAAAGAAAAGGAAGAAAAAGAACAGCCAAAGGUGCCUAUCAUUGACGUAGAAGAACAAGAAAAGGUAAAACCCUAUGUUCCUCCUAUUCCCUUUCCCCAAAGAUUAAAGAAAGCACAAGAUGACAAGAGCUUCCUCAAGUUCCUGGAUGUGUUUAAGAAGCUCCAAAUCAAUAUUCCUUUUGCUGAAGCAGCUCUUGCUCAAUGGCCUCGUUAUGUAAAUUUCUUAAAAAGAUAUCCUGAGCAAGAAACGAAAAAAUUUGAUGAUCAAGGGAACGUAAUGUUAUCGAGGGAGUGCAGUGCAAUUAUUCCAAAACAAACUGCUCCAAAGUUAAAAAUUUUCCAGGAAGUUUCUACCCUUGUAACAUUGGUAAUCUUUGACUUUGAAAAGGCUUUUGGCAGAUUGGGUGCUAGCAUUAAUCUUUAUGUCCUAUGA